AUGGUGACAGGAGUUUUGGGGGUUGUUGAGGUAGUUCUUCUCACUUCUUGUUUAGCGGAUCUUGGUGCGGAUCCCCCUUUGGAAAUUUCAUGGAUUGACUGCACCGAUUGUGCCAUGAGUUAUCGCAUUUCCACCAUAUCUGUUUGCAAAAUUUCAGUGUCUACAGGUACGGAGAAAGGAGCCAUCAUACCCACCCAUGGAAUCAGGCAGGGAGACCCCCUCUCACCAUCCUUAUUUAUUCUCUGCUCUCAAGCCUUAGCUGCAGUCAUUACUGCAGUAGAGAAUGAUGAUCAAAUUCAAGGCAUUAGAGUCAGGAAUAGAGGACUACCUAGACCUUUAUUGCAAGGCCUUGGGCCAGGAGAUAAAUUUGUAGAAGUCGACCUUGACAUUUUGCCCCAAUACCCACAACAGGUUCAAGAGGUGGUUCUCCUGGGACAAAACUUUGAAACGCCUACAAGGUUGGAAGCAGAAUCUAUUGUCCCAUGCAAGCAAAGAGGUGUUGCUAAAUCUGUGGUGUUGUCCAUGUCUACAUUUGCAAGUUCUCACUUUAAGCUGCCAACUUCUUUUCACUCUCUAGUCAGGAAGGCAGCCAUGAACUUUUAUUGGGGUGACUCUACAGAGAAGAAGAAGAUUCACUGGGUAUCAUGGGCACGACUUUGUAGAUUGGAGCAACAAGGGGGGCUUGAGUUCAAGGACCCCAAGCUUCAUAAUCAGGCCCUCCUUUCCAAGCUUGCGUGGAGGCUUUGGUCAUCACCUGAGACUUAUUGGGCAAAGAUGAUGAAGGCAAUUUACUACCCCAAAACAAAUUUCCUAGAUGCAAAGGCUGGAAACCAAUCCUCAUGGGCGUGGCACAAUGUACUGGAGGGAAGAAAGGUUCUGAUAGCUGUCCCAUCUGGCAUAUUGGUAAAUGUAACCACAUCAGAAUUUGGGAGGAUAGUUGGUUACCAACGUCGCCAACAUGGAGGGUGCGAUAGGAAAGACCCAGUGAUUAUCCAUGAGUCUUGGUUUCAGAUUUGA